AUGCCUAUCGGGUUUGAGAGGUGUGGCUUAAAGCGACAUCAUACUAUUGUUAAAGGUUAUAACAAAAAUCCUCCUGGCAUUUAUAAACUUCCUUUAAAAGCUAGUAUAGAAUUAAAAAAAAUCUUUAUUAAAAUUAUUCAAGAUCGAUUAAAAGCACAUUUUAUAUGUUCAGAUUCACAAAGAGAAGAGUAA